AUGCUCCCAGAGGUGAGCUCUCUGUGGCUGCUGCAGCUGCUCCGGGACAUCCAGCUGACCCAGUUUUAUCGACCCAUUCUUGAGGAGCUUAAUGUUACUCGGCCAGAGCACUUUGACUUUGUAAGGCCUGAGGAUCUGGACGGCAUUGGCAUGGGCCGGCCUGCCCAGCGCAGACUGACCGAAGCUCUGAAGAGACACCGUUCUGGGCUUAAGUCCAAGAACUGGGUCUACAAGAUCCUUGGGGGUUUUGCCUCUGAUCAGAAGGAGACUACCCCACUCUCAAACAGCCCUCCAUGUCCCCCUGAAUCCGAGGGGGGACUCAAAUGUCUGAUCCCAGAGGGUGCUGUGUGCAGAGGAGAACUACUGGGCUCCGGCUGCUUUGGUGUGGUCCACCAAGGAUUGUGGAUGCUUCCCAGUGGCCACAGCGUCCCAGUAGCUGUCAAGUCCCUUCGGGUGGGUCCUGAAGGACCUGUGGGAGCCAGGCUGGGGGACUUUCUGCGAGAGGUGUCUGUCAUGAUGAACUUGGAGCACCCACAUGUGCUGCGUCUGCAUGGCCUUGUACUGGGCCAGCCCCUGCAGAUGGUGAUGGAACUGGCACCACUGGGCUCCCUGCACGCGCGCCUCACAGCCCCAGCCCCUACACGCCCACUGGCUAUGUCCCUGCUCUGCCUCUUCCUGCAGCAGCUGGCAGGGGCCAUGACAUAUUUGGCGGCCCGUGGGCUGGUACACCGAGACUUAGCUACACGGAACCUACUGCUGGCUUCACCGCGCACCAUCAAGGUGGCGGAUUUCGGGCUGGUGCGGCCUCUGGGUGGUGCCCGGGGACGUUACGUCAUGGGCGGACCCCGCCCCAUCCCCUAUGCCUGGUGUGCCCCAGAGAGCCUGCGCCAAGGAGUCUUUUCAACUGCCUCAGACGUAUGGAUGUUUGGGGUAACGCUAUGGGAGAUGUUCUCUGGGGGCGAGGAGCCCUGGGCUGGCAUCCCACCCUACCUCAUCUUGCAUCGACUGGAGAAGGACCGUGCCCGACUGCCUAGGCCCCUACUCUGCUCCAGGGCCCUCUAUGCCCUUGCCCUGCACUGCUGGGCCCCCCACCCUGACGACCGGCCUGCCUUUUCCUACCUGGAGGGGCUGCUCCAAGAGGCCAGGCCUCCUGAGGGACAUUGUGUGAAGGAUGUCACAGAGCCAGGUGCCCUGAGGAUGGAGCUCGGUGACCCCAUUACCAUCAUCGAGGGCAGCCCAUUUUCCCACAGCCCUGACUCUACCAUCUGGAAGGGCCAGAAUGGCAAAACGUUCAGAGUGGGCAGCUUCCCUGCCUCUGCAGUGACAGUGGCAGGCUGGCCAGCCACCCACCCAGUCCACAGAAGCUCCCCACCCCAUGGGGAGUACCACCAGGGAAAUACCAAAGGGGACAAAGCAAAGAUGAAGCAUCAGGCUCUACCUCCAGCACGGGGCCAGAGAAGGAACAUGCCCCUGCCCAGGACGAAAGGCAUCUCCAAGAGCCUGGAGUCAGUUCUGUCCCUGGGCCCUCGCCCCACAGGAGGUGGUUCAAGUCCCCCUGAACUUCGACAUGCCAGAGCUGUGCCUGAGGUACCCUCAAUCCUGCCACCCCACCCACCCUUUGCCUCCAGCUCUUCUCAGUCAAGACAGCCCCCCAAGGUACGCCCCCCCUGGCCCAAAAGAGAACCUCCCCACAAUUACCCUGUGGGGGCAGCUGGAACCAGCAAAGUCACGGUGCCGUCUAGAGGCCUGCUGGACCCUGACUUGCAGAGGAAGGUUACAGAGGUGGCGCUCAGUGUACAUGGAGUCACCCACCAGGAGUGUCACACUGCCCUAAGAGCCACUGGGGGAGAUGUGGUUUCUGCCAUUCAAAACCUCAAGGUAGAUCAACUAUUCCACCUGAGCAGCAGGUCCAAGGCUGACUGCCGGCACAUUCUGGAGCAUUACCAGUGGAAUCUCUCAGCUGCCAGCCGCUAUGUCCUGGCGCGGCCUUAA